AUGAGGCUUUCUCCAUUUGCUCUGUUUGUCCUGACUGCUGGGGUCUAUCUGUGCUCAGAGUGUGUCUGCACUGAAAUUAUUGGAGGGAGAGAAGUACCACCACAUUCCAGGCCGUUUAUGGCUUCCAUCCAGUACCGCGGCCGUCACAUCUGUGGAGGAGUCCUGAUUCAUCCGCAGUGGGUGCUGACAGCAGCCCACUGCUACUCUUGGUUUCCUAGAGGCCACUCUCCCGCAGUGGUCUUAGGAGCACAUUCUCUUUCAAAGAAUGAGCCCACGAAACAAACAUUGGAGAUUAAAAAAGUCAUCCCAUUCUCAAGAUCCCUGUCAGGUUUCACAUCACAUGACAUCAUGCUAAUAAAGCUUCACACUGCUGCAGAACUCAACAAGCAUGUCCAACUGCUUCAACUGAGAUCCAAAAACUAUAUUAGAGAUGGAACCAAAUGCCAGGUUACUGGCUGGGGAGCCACCAACCCAGAUCUGUUAAAAAACUCUGAUACCCUUCAAGAAGUCACUGUUACCAUCAUAAGCAGAAAACGCUGCAACAGCCAAAGCUAUUACAACCGCAAACCUGUUAUAACCAGGGACAUGAUAUGUGCAGGAAAUGCCAAAGGCCAAAAGGAUUCCUGCCAGGGAGAUUCAGGCGGCCCCUUGGUCUGCAAAGGUGUCUUCCAUGCCAUCGUCUCUGGGGGCUAUAAAUGUGGCAUUGCCAACAAACCUGGAAUCUACACCCUGUUGACUAAGAAAUACCAGAGUUGGAUCAAAAGCCAGCUUGCCCCAUCCAGUGCGAACUGAGAUGGUAAAGUGUUUUUUAGAUCUGCCAGUCACGUGCUUCUUGUUGUGAAAUGAGCUCACAGAUCAAUUUCAUCUGCAGAUGCAGCUGACUGCAGGAAGCCUGUGCUACAGCUGGGGCAUAUUUCUGUGUCUUAAGG